AGUUACAGACAUGUUGGGUAACUAAUUAACCUCCUAUAAGCUACAAUAAAAGGAAUCAUUUUAAAUUGGAUGUAUGUGCAAAUUUUACAACAUUUACCAAGAUUAAGUUAAUACGCUGCCUUCCUGUAACUAGCUGUAAAGCAUUUAGAAUAAUUAUUAUUUUCUACAUUUUGGGAGGGUUCAUAAAAAAUAUAAAUGCAUGAUAUCAAUCCAAUGUAUAAAGACUAGUUUUCUGCUGAUUUAAAUGCAGACUGGCUCAGAAAAACAACCUUUUAUGUAAGGUUAGUAAAAUGAUUAUUAUAAUGAGCUUUAAAUGGUUUUUCCAAUGAUAUGUUUCUGUAUAAAGUAAGAAACACAGACUCUAAAAUAGUUAUUUAAACUUGUGUCUACCUUUUGCAACCAACCAGAAGUUGUAUAAUUUCAGAUUGCUGUGAGUUUGAACUUGGUACAAACGUUCUCUGAAACCCAAGACUUGCAAAACAAUGUUCUUUUGGGGACUUGUCCCCCUUUCGUCCACACACACACACACACACACACACACACACACACACACACACACACACACACACUAAUGAAAUGGUUGUGGAUUGAGGAUUACUAAUAGCAGACCUGUCCUGAGGGAUAAACUACAGGGAUAAAGUUUCUCUUUGACCAGCCACCGUGGGCCAAAUCUGAACAGUUACUACCGAGGGAGGACGCCAACAGCGUGAAGGUCUGCUUCUUUUCACCAAGAGGAAGAAGAAUGUUUUUUCAGCAAUCAGACAACCAAAAACACACACCUGAAACCAAGAUGGACACACAGUUUAUUUAUGAUCUUUUAGGGGAAAAUGCCUGGUAUUACAUCGCUGCCACCUUUGCAGUGUUGUGGAUUCUUGUGUGGCUGUACAGAGACAGCCUGGAGAUCCAGGACUUUUCUGAUAAGUACGUUUUUGUAACUGGCUGUGACACGGGGUUUGGAAACCUUCUGUGUAAGAAUCUGGACCGCAGAGGUUUUCACGUUCUGGCCGGCUGCCUCACAGAAAAGGGAGCCGAUGAUCUGAAAAGAGCGACAAGUUCUCGUUUGAAAACCGUCCCGCUGAACGUGACCAGUCUGGAUAGCAUCCAGAAAGCCAUGGAGUGGACCAAGAAGGAGGUCGGUGAUAAAGGACUUUGGGGUAUAGUGAACAAUGCUGGACGUUCACUACCCAUGGGCCCUUCAGAGUGGAUGAGAGUGGAGGAUUAUCAUAGCACGCUGAAAGUGAACAUGGAUGGCGUGAUCGGCAUGACAACGACCUUCCUGCCUCUUAUCAAAAAGGCCCGUGGACGGAUUGUAAAUGUGGCCUCAGUGCUGGGGAGGGUAGGGGCUAAUGGUGGUGGAUAUUGCAUCUCCAAGUUUGCAGUGGAGUGUUUCUCUGAUUGCCUCAGGAGAGAUAUACACUAUUUUGGUAUCAAAGUAUGCAUCAUUGAGCCGGGAUUUUUCAAGACCGCCGUGACCAACCUUGAUUCCCUCGAGAGUGAGCUGCAUCGUCUGUGGAACCAGCUCAGCCCUGAAGUAAAAGCCAGCUAUGGAGAGAAGUACCUGGAUAAAUUCAUUAAGCUCCAGCGUUUGAUCAUGACCGUUAUCUGUGACUCAGACCUCACCAAAGUGACCAGCUGCAUGGAGCAUGCUCUAACAGCUGCCCACCCACGGGCUCGGUACAGCGCUGGCUGGGAUGCCAAGCUGCUCUGGAUCCCCAUCUCCUACUUACCUUCAUGUAUGGUUGAUUUUGCACUGAAGCUGGUGCUGCCACGUCCUUCCAAGAGCGUUUAACAUGAAAUGGCUUUGAAGAAACCUAUUCAAUGUGUUAAACCUUCUUUUGUCAUUUUGUGUCACUUUAAUGCAUUACAGAGCCUGAUCUUAAUAAAACUUAUCUUCAGUGGCCAUGCAAAGA